AUGAGUAACGUGACACAAGCACGGUUAAUGGAACUGAAAAAUAGACUUGAGCUUUUGAAAAGAGAAGGGGAAUCUGUGUUGUCAAAUGUGCGAGAUGUUGUUAGAAGAGGAAGUUCUGUGGUAGCCUUUCAGGAAACAAUUCAUGAAAUUGAACAUUUUCUUCGUUGUUACCCAGAUGCUGUUACUGAAAUAGAUCAUUUAAUAAACAAUCUCGUGAAAUUGAAUUGUGAACUAGAAAUAACCCUUGCAAGAAGAUCUGAUUUUUGUAAUGUCCUUAGUAGUUUUGAGAAUAAUUAUUCAGUGUUUUAUGAUGGUGAUGUAUUGGAAAAGCAAGCAUUAUGUGAAGUGUGCUCUAAAGAAAAGAAGACUGUUUGUACCAAUACUGAUAAUGUGACUGAUUACAACAUUAGUGAACAUAAUAUAGAAAGCAUUAAAAAACUUUAUGACAUUGAUGAAGAUUCAAUUCUUGAAAUGAAGUAUUUGCAUGGGGAUGACCCAUCUCAAUUUUGGUUGGGAUAUUAUUCCAAUACCGAGUUGCUUUCCCAUCUUGCUGAAAUCAACAGGAAACUACAAUUAAAUGAGCUCCAUCGCAAAGAAUCAAUUCCUGUUGUUGGCCAGUUUAUUAUUGGCUAUGUAGACAGAGUGUUUAGAGGUUGUGUUAUAUCUGUUACGUCUCAAAUUGUUGUAACUGUUGAUAUAGAUACAGCUACUUUGAAAUUAGUGAAUGUACAUAAAAUUUGGGAAAUGGAAGACUACUUAUUGAGAUUUCCUCCUCAAGCUAUUCUUUGUAAACUUUGGGGUGUAGAGGGUGUAGUAGACUGGACCAACCACUUGAGUACAUUCUUUAAAAAUUGUUUAAGCAAAUGCAAUUUGGUUAUUACUGUGAAGAGCAUCAUUCCCGAUGUAAUUCCUACAUUUCUUGUGGAUGUGGAUGCACAUGACAGUACAUCAUUGGAUGUUAAUUUAACGGAGUGGAUAAAUUCUUUUGUGACUCCAGCGGUAGAAAAGAUAAAAUUAUUUGGUUUAUCUGGUACUACGGAAGAAACAGUCUUUCAAGAUUUAGACCCUUAUGUUAUUUAUAAAGGAGAAGAUAGUUCUGAUAUUGAUAGUUCUACAUCUGAUCAACAAGUAGCUGAUUUUCAAAGCAUGAAAGUAAAUUCUGAAAUUGAAGUAAAAGUGAUAAAUAAUAAUCAAAGUAGACGUGAAAGUGACAUUGAUUCUAAUAGUGUAAGGGAAGAUUUGGAUGAUAGAAGAACUGAAGAUUCAAAUGGGGUAAUAUUCAAUAGGACUUCCGUUAACAGUGAAAUGGCUCCUAGAAAUUCUGAGAAUGAUGAUAAUUUUCCGACAGAGAAAUUUCUUAAAAACCAAGUAGAUGAUUCUGAUAAUAAUGUGAAAGAUGCUUUUCAUGAGGAGGAAGAUAUAUUAAAAUGUGAAGUUUUAAAAUCUUGUGAACAACCUGUGAAAUCGGCAGUUAUAAAAUGUUUUUUGGAAAAAGGUAAAACUUUGGGAAUGUCAUUUCUUCGAGGAAAGGACCCUUCAGACUUCUUCCUUAGUUAUGUGUCAAUGCACGAGAUAGAUAUACUGAAGAAGAAAAUGGCUGAUUGGGCAGAACGUGGACUAUUAAUUCAGUUCCCUGAUGUACCUGAAGAAAAUGAUUUUGCUAUUGCAAAAUAUAAUGAAGAAUAUUAUAGAGUUCGCAUUGGUAGAGUUUCUGAACAGAACACUGGGGACAUUUUAGUUACAGAUGUUGAUACAGGAGAUUUGAUUUUAGUUUCAGUAACAGACUUGUGGAUAUUAGAAGAAAUGUUUUCUUUGCCACCAGCCAGGGCUAUUAGAUGUUCAUUGUGGAACAUCUCAAAAAAACCUCUUUUUUGGUGUGUUAAUCUUGAGAAUUUAUUUAGAAAUGUGAUGUUAAGAGGUCCAUGCUGUGUUAAUGUCAAAGAUUUUGAAUAUACUCUUGGUGAUUGGAAUCACGUUGUUCAGAUUCAGAUUUAUUCUGAUUGUGUGAUUGAUGUAUCAGAAUGGAUUUUAAAUUAUGUCUAUCCAAAGUUGAAAGAUAUUAAACAAUGUUACAUUACUGGCAGUAGCAUUGAUGAAGCUGUAUCAAUGUUAGAUCCAAAAGUAGUUCAUAGUAAAGAAAAAAGUUAUAAUAAUUCUACUGCUCAAGAGUCUACAAUCAAUCAAAUCAGCGUAGAAGUUGCAAAAAGGUCUUCACUUAUUUUGGAGCAGAAAACAGAAUUUCUCAAAUGUUCACUUCCCAGAGAACAAAAUAUUUUACCCAAUUCAUUGAAACUUAAUGAUGAAUUGAAUUUCAAGACACGUUCACACAUGAUAGAACCAAAGAAAAAAUAUUAUGUUUUCAUGGCAAGUGUAGUGAGUCCUAGUGAGUUUUAUGUCCAUAUAAUUUCAAAAGAAAAUUCAUUUAUUGAUAAUAUGCAUGAAGAACUUUCACAUUAUUGUUCUGUCAGUAAUAUUUAUUUUAAAUCUAAGAAAGAAGCAAGACAAUUAAUUUCUGAAUGUUGUGCUGUGAACUUUGAAGAUCGUUGGCUUAGAGCAAGAAUUAUCGAUUGGUUUGAUGAUUUUUCCGAUGAAGUUUCAGUAUUUUUUGUGGAUUAUGGAAUAAAUGCAACUGUGCUGUUUUGUUUAAUCCAGCCCCUGCGAAGUGAUUUCUAUGAAUAUCCAGUGUUCGCAGAAAAAUGUGCUUUAGCAUUUAUUUCACCACCUGUUGACAACAACUCGUGGCCAGAAAAGUCCUUAACAGUAUUUUCAAAUUUGUUGGAUUUUAAUACUGUGUAUGAAAUCUGUGUUGUCAAUCACUUAGAUUCAAAAUCUUUUUGUGUUUUUCUAUUUGAUAUUCAAAAUGAAAGCACUUGGUGCAUUAAUGAUUAUUUGGUUGAGCAGGGCUGUGCUAUUUCUGAAUUGGGUAGUCCCAAAGAAAAAGAAACUGAAAACUCGCAUACUGUGUAUUAUCCAAUUAUUGAUUCAGGUAUAGAUGAAACGAUUUCAGACAGUGAAUCCAUUGACAGUUGUUGUAAUCAGGAAAAUGUGGAAAUUAUGCCUUAUUUUGAUCAUAAUACUGGAGGCUUGCUAGAAGUGGGUGAGCAGUUACCUGUUGUAAUGACAGAAAUUGUGAAUAUUAGUUUGUUUUAUGCUGUUCAUUCUAAAAUUCAUUAUGAGGGAAAACUUCAAAGCACUAAUGAGGUUUUAAUGAAAAUGAGUAAGGAAAUUACUUCUGCUGUACAAAGUGGUCAGUUGAAAUUGUCAAAACGGUUAUGUGAAGGAGCUAUUGCUGUUGUUCGUUACAAUAAAGAUAAACAAUGGUAUAGAGCUAGAUUGUUGGCAUCUCCUGCUGAUAAUGGAAAUGUAGAUGUAUUUUUUGUUGACUAUGGAAAUGUUGACUCGGUGCAUAAAUUUUAUAUUAGGGAGAUAAGAAAAGACUUUUGUGAGUUACCUUUUCAAGCAAUGAGAUUCUUCUUGGAUACCAUUGAUUUAACGAGACUAAAAAAUAAAAAUUCUAGAGAUAUUGCACAAACUUUAUUGACCAGAUUAUUGGAUAAGCAUGAAGUAGAGCUUCAUGUCAUGAGGAUAGUGAAUGAGGAUAUUCAUGUUAAAAUUUUGUUCGAAGGAAGAGAUAUUGGAGCGGAAAUGAUUCAACAGUACCACACCCAAUGUCAGUAG